GUAGAUUCAUCUAUUUACGAGAGAGAGAAUAUACACUUCUAAAAUACCAAAUAAAAUCUCACGAAUUUAUCGCUUCUCUCUUUAUUUCGGAAAGUUAAGAUUUUGAUGCCCAACUCAACUCAACUCAUCUAACUCAACUAAGCCUCCGCUGUCUCUGUUCUGCGGCUUCUUUCGCUUCUGCUAGUUCUCCACUAUUUCUCUGUUGUCUCUGUUCUGUGGCUUCUUCUGCUUCUGCUAGUUCUCUUCUCUCUUCCAUUUACGAUUCGACCCAUUUCUGCUUCUUAUUUUAGACAGAGUAAUCGAUUACUGAUUCUCAACUGUUAUGGCAAGUUCAGUACAGCCAAAACGAUCAAAUCCGGUUGGAUAUAGAUUUCAUCCAACUGAUCAAGAACUGGUUGGGUAUUUUCUGAAUCGAAAGAUUCUUAAUCCUGAUGAUGACGAGAUGCCAAUUGCUGAGCUCAAAGUAUGUGAUUAUGAACCUUGGAAUCUUCCUGAUAAAUCCAAGAUAAAAUCAAAUGAUCAAGUGUGCUAUUAUUUCUUUUGUCCCCGUGAUUAUAAGUAUGCAAGUAGCCGGCGGUCCAACAGGACUACCAAGGCUGGGUAUUGGAAACCCACCGGUAAGCUGCGCAAAGUGAAAGGUGUUUGUUCAAAGAAGCCUAUCGGCACAAAGAGGUCUUUGGUUUUCUAUAAAAAAGAACAUUCGAAACGGAUCAGGACUAAAUGGAUCAUGCACGAGUAUGAACUCAUUCCACAGGGGAAUUUCCUUGUCUGUAAAUUGAAGGGAAAGUCAGAGGGAAGCAGAAGUAAAGGUGAACCGAAACUAUUGGCUUACGCUUCAGCUUCUGAAAGUGUGAUUACAGUUAAUUCAUCUUGUGGUGAAUGUGAUCCAAGCGACCACAUGGGUUCCGACAUGGAAGAUCAUAAUCUGGAUGAGAUGACUCCUAUAUCAACCUAUGACCGAGGUGAACAGAAUCACUUAAUGGCUCUUGAUUUUGGAAAUCCAAAUCAAAGUGAGGUGAUUACCAAUUCUGCUUGUGAUGAAAGUGAACUAGGCUACGAUUUGGCUUCUGAACCUGAGGAUCAAAAUCCAAAUGAGAUGACUGCUAUGUCAACCAACGAGAGAUGUAAAGUUAACUGCCGAGUGAUUUCUGAUACUGAAAAUCAAAAUGCAGAUAAGAAAAGUGAUAUAUUAGUAUCUGAACAAGUUGAAUGGAGUCCCCUUGCAACAACACCUGAUUGUAGAAAUCAAAAUCCACUUGAGAAGACCAAUGUGUCAACAUCCUGUUCUGGUUUAGAAAUUAAUGCAGCAGAAGCUGCAUUUUCUGAGUGUCCACCGACUUUUUUCGAUCAGAUGAAAGCAUUAAUUGAGCCAAAAGAUUGUCUCAACUCUGCACUUUUCUCGCCUACAAGGAUUGAGGAAAGCCUCUCUCACACCAGCUUUAGUACCUUUCUGCCUAGUGGAACAAGUUCUGAAUUAGGAACUACAUGAGAAUGUUCCUCUGCCCUAUUUGGCAAUCUGUGACAAAGUAUUUAAACUGAAAACUCCAAAUAGCUUAUAGUGCUCUGCAUGUUUGAUUGCACAUGUUUAUAAAGGGUCUGUACUUUGGUUGGCUUCAUGGUAGAUGUGGCGGUGCACAAUGCAAUCCAGGUAAGUAGUUUCAAUUGGCUUCCAAAAAUCUUCUGCUAUUAGCACCCUAGCAAUAGGAGUACAAUUGUCCUGAAUUUCUGAUGAGACUGUCGCCAUACUUUCGUAAAGAUCCUUGUUUGUAAUUUGUGUGUAAGUUCUUUGUUUAGUUUAUACUUCACAUCCUUGUUUGUUAUUGGUUAGAAUUUAGUUACCAUGGGAUGCAGCUUUUGCUGGCUUGGCUUUGAUUUGAUACCUGUGUGUCUAUUUUUAUAGUGAAUUAAGUUCCCUUUAAGAUA